CUGGACUCACAGAUAGAUGGACACGCCACCCAUGGUAAGGAUUCCUUUUUUUAUAUGGCUGGAGGUCACCCGCCCAAUAUAAAUGGAUGUGACAGUGUACCAUCUCUAUGUUGAUCUUAUGACAGAGUGUAAGAUGUGGUUCUGGGUUCCCAGAUGACCUCUAUGUCAUUGUUUGCGUUACAUGUAGUAACUUACUACAUUUGCACACACUGUGUAUAGCUUUUCUAUUUUCUAUUGUGUUUUUGACUGUACGUUUUUGUUUAUUCCAUAUGUAACUAUGUAACUGUUGUUGUUUUUAUCGCACUGCUUUGCUUUAUCUUGGCCGGGUCGCAGUUGUGAAUGAGAACUUGUUAUCAACUGGCUUACCUGGUUAAAUAAAGGUGAAAUAAAGGUAAAAUAAAAUAAAUGUCUUGUUGUAGGGUCUCUUGCUUAUUCUGGCUCUACCCCUGCUCUGCUGUCUACCUCACCCAGCCACACCGACCGGGCUAGCGCACAACGGCUCAGGUACACUGGCCUGUGUGUUAAAUGACCUGUUAAGAACACUUUCUAUUGUCAUGAGAUUAUUAUACAUUUAAAAGGGGGUCAUCCCUGUUUAUUAUCGUUGGAUCAUAUUGGAUUACCUGUUGUAUUAUUAAAGGAAUUGUUGGGAACCGAUGAUGUUGUCCAACAUGAUAAAGGGUAGUGUCCUGUUUCACAUCAGUUAUCAUUGAUCAGUGUCGUAAACUAGGUUUCCAUCCAAAUAGCGACAGAUUUUCAUGCGAAUAUUCUAAAAUCCACAUGAAGAAAAUAUGCAUUUUCCCACCAGUGGACCAAAUGGACUUAAUGCUGAUUUUUAAAAAAAUUAUUGUGUGGUAACAUAUUGCACACAAACUCAUUUUCCGCUUAAGUUUUCAAGUACGGAAUAAAAAUCUAAAAUUCAAUGUGUGAUUGCAUUGCAUUUUCCACUCUACGGACACCGAAACUGUUGCGUUAAAGAGAAAAUGAGCCCCCGCUCUGGUUUUGGCAGAUGCGCUCGGUUAGUUUACAAGAGAUUGUUAUGGAUAAGAGCGACGAUAAAAUUGUAUUUGUCAAGCAUCGAUCAUCACGUCACCAAAAUAAAACCCUCGAUAUUUAUUGGAAAGGGGCAUCAAGCUCACAACCUUGCACUUUCGCCACCCUGAGAAGCAGUAAGAGGACCACACAGCUGGCUGCCACACAUGUCAAUGCGUGACUCCAAAUGUGUACUUUGCCGCGCAUUAAAAAGGGUUGGAUGGAAACCUGGUUAGAGAGAGUUUUCUGGAACAUUUUGUAUCUUAAAAAAAUGUAUGCACUCACUAUACUAUAAGUGUGGCGAUAUGCUAUUAAGGUCAUUACACAUAUGCGCCGGCCAGGUGGUGUAGCACUUGAGUACCAAUCGCUAUCAUUGUUAAGAGUAUUGGAAUGCACACGGACACACGUUGAGCGCAGCUGCCUGCCUGUUACACCACGCUCUGGGUUAGUAAUAAAGUACUCAGAUUAUAAAGUGCUACUCCCUCACUCAUUCCAAUGCAUAAAGAGUUCCACGGGUUAUUACAAUAAGUAAUUUUGGAUAAAAGUGACGUGUAUUGUAUAAUCUCCAGGGGUUCCAUACCUGAGCUCUACGUUGGUAGAGGAGGCUCUGAAAAGGGCUUUAGAACGAACUAAUGCUGCCUACGCCCACACCAACGAGAGGUGAGUCAAUAGAAGAAGACUAUCCUCAGUCAAUUGCUCAGAUUAUUUAUGAAAAGCCAUUUCGAUGUCUAUGAAAAGAGAAAUGCUAUUUACCAAUUAUGGUCUUGGCCUGCCUGUCUGUCCAUCUGCUUGUCUGUCUGUCUGAUAAUAUGGGCACUAUCCUCUGUCCUUCCAGAGUGAAGACAUCUCUAUCGGAGGGUGCUCUGAGACCCAGCGACCUACUAGCCCAGUUCAAACAGAUCGGCCCCCAGACCAGGAGCCACAUCAAGGCUGCCGAGCUGCUGGACAAUACAGUGGAACUGAUCAGAGAGAUGGUCUACACCAGUACAAUGCCCCAGUCCAGUCUACCUGGUACUGUCUAACCCAUGGCCCAGUCCAGUCUACCUGGUACUGUCUAACCCAUGGCCCAGUCCAGUCUACCUGGUACUGUCUAACCCAUGGCCCAGUCCAGUCUUCUAGUACUAUCUAACCCUAACCCAUGGCCCAGUCCAGUCUACCUGGUACUGUCUAACCCAUGGCCCAGUCCAGCCUACCUGGUACUGUCUAACCCAUGGUCCAGUCCAGUCUACCUGGUACUGUCUAACCCAUGGCCCAGUCCAGUCUACCUGGUACUGUCUAACCCAUGGCCCAGUCCAGUCUACCUGGUACUGUCUAACCCAUGGCCCAGUCCAGCCUACCUGGUACUGUCUAACCCAUGGUCCAGUCCAGUCUACCUGGUACUGUCUAACCCAUUCCCCAGUCCAGUCUACCUGGUACUGUCUAACCCAUGGCCCAGUCCAGUCUACCUGGUACUGUCUAACCCAUGGCCCAGUCCAGUCUUCUAGUACUAUCUAACCCUAACCCAUGGCCCAGUCCAGUCUACCUGGUACUGUCUAACCCAUGGCCCAGUCCAGUCUACCUGGUACUGUCUAACCCAUUCCCCAGUCCAGUCUACCUGGUACUGUCUAACCCAUGGCCCAGUCCAGUCUACCUGGUACUGUCUAACCCAUGGCCCAGUCCAGCCUACCUGUACCUAACCAUGGCCCAGUCCAUCUACUCUAGUACGGUCUAACCUUAACCCAUGGCCCAGUCCAGCAUACCUGGUACUGUCUAACCCAUGGCCCAGUCCAGUCUACCUGGUACUGUCUAACCUUAACCCAUGGCCCAGUCCAGUCUACCUGGUACUGUCUAACCCAUGGCCCAGUCCAGUCUACCUGGUACUGUCUAACCCAUGGCCCAGUCCAGUCUACCUGGUACUGUCUAACCCAUGGCCCAGUCCAGUCUACAUGGUACUGUCUAACCUAUGGCCCAGUCCAGUCUACCUGGUACUGUCUAACCUUAACCCAUGGCCCAGUCCAGUCUACCUGGUGCUCUUUAACCCAUGGCCCAGUCCAGUCUACCUGGUGCUCUUUAACCCAUGGCCCAGUCCAGUCUACCUGGUACUGUCUAACCCAUGGCCCAGUCCAGCCCACCUGGUACUGUCUAACCCAUGGCCCAGUCCAGUCUACCUGGUACUGUCUAACCCAUGGCCCAGUCCAGCCCACCUGGUACUGUCUAACCCAUGGCCCAGUCCAGUCUACCUGGUACUGUCUAACCCAUGGCCCAGUCCAGUCUACCUGGUACUGUCUAACCCAUGGCCCAGUCCAGCCUACCUGGUACUGUCUAACCCAUGGCCCAGUCCAGUCUACCUGGUACUGUCUAACCCAUGGCCCAGUCCAGUCUACCUGGUACUGUCUAACCCAUGGCCCAGUCCAGUCUACCUGGUACUCUUUAACCCUAACCCAUGGCCCAGUCCAGUCUACCUGGUACUGUCUAACCCAUGCCCCAGUCCAGUCUUCUAGUACUAUCUAACCCAUGGCCCAGUCCAGUCUUCUAGUACUAUCUAACCCUAACCCAUGGCCCAGUCCAGUCUACCUGGUACUGUCUAACCCAUGGCCCAGUCCAGCCUACCUGGUACUGUCUAACCCAUGGCCCAGUCCAGUCUACCUGGUACUGUCUAACCCAUGGCCCAGUCCAGCCCACCUGGUACUGAACUAUCAUAUUACACAUAUACUACAGAGCCGACCUGAUCCGAGCCGCGCUGUGUUGGCCUUGUUACUCAUCAUAGUUGCUGUAACUAUGUCGGAAAACACAGUAUGGUUAGACUGAGCGGUACGGGUUUGGAUUGUGUGUCAAUCUCCCCCCAACAGACCUGUUGAGUGAGGAGGACAUGCAGGUUCUCCUGCAGGCUUCAAGCUGUUCCUCGGAGAUGCAGAGACCUCUCUGUAACAAUUCGUUCACACUAUACAACGGCAUCGCGCGGUGAAACAUCGGAAGCCAUUCACUUUCGAUGGAAGUAAAGAGAGAGAAGCGGAGUGGGCGGGGGAACCGUUGAGCGAUGCGAGUUGGGCGAAGGAGCUGAACAGGGCGGGACUAAACUUUAUGAAAAUUCUCUGCGAUAUCGCAACGCGAGUGACCAAUCGAAGCUCACCAUAGCUUCCAACCCCUACUGGAUUGGCUGUUAAUGGCUGUUGAUACGUUGCUUGCUAGCUUGUUAGCACCCAUAUGAGGGCGAGGCUAUCAUGGCUAGGAGAGGCCGCUUGCAUAGUGUGAACGCUCUUUAAGACUGGCUGUCUGUCUCUCCCCUGUCCCUCCUCCCUUCUUCCCUCCCUCCAUCCCUCCCUCUCUCUGUCCCUCCUUCCUCCCUCCUCCCUCCUCCCUCUCUCCCUCUCCUUCCUCUCUCCCUCUCCUCCCUCCCUCCCUCCCUCCCUCUGUCCCUCCAUCCCUCCCUUCCCUCCCUCUGUCCCUCCAUCCCUCCCUCUCUCCCUCCCUCUGUCCCUCCCUCCCUCCCUCGCUCCUUCCCUCCGUCCCUUCCUCCCACCAUCCCUCCCUCUCUUUUUCCUCCUCCCUCCCUCCCUCCCUCCCCCCACCAUCCCUCCCUCUCUUCUUUGUUCCUCCCUCCCUCCCUCCCUCCCUCUUUCCCUCCCUCCCUCUCUUCCAUCCCUCCCUCCCUCCUCCCUCCCCCUCCCUCCCUCCCUCCCUCCCUCCCUCCCUCCCUCCCUAGCCCUCCCGUCCCUCCCUCCUCCCUCCCUCCCUCCCUCCCUCCCUCCCUCCCUCCCUCCCUCCCUCCCUCCCUCCUCCCUCCCUCCCUCCCUCCCUCCUCCCUUCCCUCCUCCUCCCUCCCAUCCCUCCCUCCCACCCCUCCCUCCCUCCCUCUCUCCCUCCCUCCCUCCCUCCCUCCCUCCCUCCCUCGAUCCUUCCCUCCGUCCCUUCCUCCCCACCAUCCCUCCCUCUCUUUGUUCCUCCCUCCCUCCGUCCCCCAACAGACCUGUUGAGUGAGGAGGACAUGCAGGUUCUACUGCAGGCUACAGGCUGUUCCUCUGAGAUGCAGAGACCCCUCUGUAAGACUGGCUGUCUGUCUGAACGCUACCGCUCAUUCACCGGGGAGUGCAACAACAGGUCUGUCUGUCUUAUCUGUCGUACCCCUGCACAUUGACUCGGUACUGGUACUACUUGUAUAUAGCCUCGAUAUUGUUAUUUUAUUGUGUUACUAUUUCCAAUUUUUUUGUUGCUUUUUUAAAAAUGUACUUUUUAACUCUGCAUUGUUGGAAAGGGCUCGCAAGUAAGCAUUUCACGGUAAAGUCUACAACUGUUGUAUUCGGUGCAUGUGCCCAAUACAAUUUGAUUUGAUCUGUGUCUGUCUAUCCAUCUGCCUGUCUGCCUGUCUGUCUGCCUGUCUGCCUGACUGACUGCCUGUCUGUCUGCGUGUCUGCCUGUCUUCCUGUCUGUCUGUCUGUCUGUCUGUCUGCCUGUCUGUCUGUCUGAGUGCAGAGCUGUACUCUGCUGGUCUGGUUACACAUGCUGGAAAGGACGAUGUGAAAAGACAACAUCCAGCUAGUAGGGUUCAGGUUGAAACUACAGUGUGAAAAGACAACAUCCAGCUAGUAGGGUUCAGGUUGAAACUACAGUGUGAAAAGGAAAUGAGUGUUUGAUUUGACAUGAUUUGUAGUUUGUGUAUGUCACCCACGUUGUCACCCCUCUCCAGACAGCACCCUAAGUGGGGUGCAGCCAACACCCCGUACUCCCGCUGGCUCCCCCCAGAGUACGAGGACGUCAGAGGGGUCCCUAGGGGCUGGGACCCUGAACACACCUACUAUAACUACACCCUGCCCCCGGUAAGAGUCCUAUAACUACACCCUGCCCCCGGUAAGAGUCCUAUCUACUACACCCUGCCCCCGGUAAGAGUCCUAUCUACUACACCCUGCCCCCGGUAAGAGUCAUAUAACUACACCCUGCCCCCGGUAAGAGUCCUAUCUACUACACCCUGUCCCCGGUAAGAGUCCUAUCUACUACACCCUGCCCCCGGUAAGAGUCCUAUAACUACACCCUGCACCUGGUAAGAGUCCUAUAACUACACCCUGCCCCCGGUAAGAGUCCUAUAACUACACCCUGCCCCCGGUAAGAGUCCUAUAACUACACCCUGCCCCCGGUAAGAGUCCUAUAACUACACCCUGCCCCCGGUAAGAGUCCUAUAACUAUACCCUGCCCCCGGUAAGAGUCCUAUCUACUACACCCUGUCCCCGGUAAGAGUCCUAUCUACUACACCCUGCCCCAGGUAAGAGUCCUAUCCUAUCUACUACACCCUGCCCCCGGUAAGAGUCCUAUCCAACUACUAUACCCUGCACUGGUAAGAGUUCUAUAAUUACACCCUGCCCCCGGUAAGAGUCCUAUCCUAUCUACUACACCAUGUCCCCGGUAAGAGUCCUAUCCAACUAUUAUGCCCUGCACUGGUAAGAGUCCUAUAAUUACACCCUGCCCCCGGUAAGAGUCCUAUCCAACUACUAUACCCUGCCCCCAGAAAGAGUCCUACAAUUACACCCUGCCCCAGGUAAGAGUCCUAUCCUAUCUACUACACCCUGCCCCCAGUAAGAGUCCUAUCCAACUACUAUACCCUACACUGGUAAGAGUCCUAUAAAUACACCCUGCCCCAGGUAAGAGUCCUAUCAUAUCUACUACACCCUGCCCCCAGUAAGAGUCCUAUCCUAUCUACUACACCCUGCCCCCGGUAAGAGUCCUAUAACUACACCCUGCCCCCGGUAAGAGUCCUAUCUACUACACCCUGCCCCUGGUAAGAGUCCUAUCUACUACACCCUGCCCCCGGUAAGAGUCCUAUAACUACACCCUGCCCCCGGUAAGAGUCCUAUCUACUACACCCUGUCCCCGGUAAGAGUCCUAUCUACUACACCCUGCCCCCGGUAAGAGUCCUAUAACUACACCCUGCACCCGGUAAGAGUCCUAUAACAACACCCUGCCCCCGGUAAGAGUCCUAUAACUACACCCUGCCCCAGGUAAGAGUCCUAUCCUAUCUACUACACCCUGCUCCGGUAAAAGUCCUAUCCAACUACUAUACCCUGCACUGGUAAGAGUCCUAUAAUUACACCCUGCCCCCGGUAAGAGUCCUAUCCUAUCUACUACACCAUGCCCCCGGUAAGAGUCCUAUCCAACUAUUAUGCCCUGCACUGGUAAGAGUCCUAUAAUUACACCCUGCCCCAGGUAAGAGUCCUAUCCUAUCUACUACACCCUGCCCCCGGUAAGAGUCCUAUCCAACUACUAUACCCUGCACUGGUAAGAGUCCUAUAAUUACACCCUGCCCCCGGUAAGAGUCCUAUCCUAUCUACUACACCCUGCCCCAGGUAAGAGUCCUAUCCUAUCUACUACACCCUGCCCCCCGGUAAGAGUCCUAUCUACUACACCCUGUCCCCGGUAAGAGUCCUAUCUACUACACCCUGCCCCAGGUAAGAGUCCUAUCCUAUCUACUACACCCUGCCCCCGGUAAGAGUCCUAUAACUACACCCUGCCCCCGGUAAGAGUCCUAUAACUACACCCUGCCCCGGUAAGAGUCCUAUAACUACACCCUGCCCCCGGUAAGAGUCCUAUAACUACACCCUGCCCCCGGUAAGAGUCCUAUAACUACACCCUGCCCCCGUUAAGAGUCCUAUAACUAUACCCUGCCCCCGGGUAAGAGUCCUAUCUACUACACCCUGUCCCCGGUAAGAGUCCUAUCUACUACACCCUGCCCCAGGUAAGAGUCCUAUCCUAUCUACUACACCCUGCCCCCGGUAAGAGUCCUAUAACUACACCCUGCCCCCGUUAAGAGUCCUAUAACUAUACCCUGCCCCCGGUAAGAGUCCUAUCUACUACACCCUGCCCCAGGUAAGAGUCCUAUCCUAUCUACUACACCCUGCACACGGUAAGAGUCCUGUAACUCCACCCUGCACCCGGUAAGAGUCCUAUAACUACACCCUGCUCCGGUAAAAGUCCUAUCCAACUACUAUACCCUGCACUGGUAAGAGUCCUAUAAUUACACCCUGCCCCCGGUAAGAGUCCUAUCCUAUCUACUACACCAUGCCCCCGGUAAGAGUCCUAUCCAACUAUUAUGCCCUGCACUGGUAAGAGUCCUAUAAUUACACCCUGCCCCAGGUAAGAGUCCUAUCCUAUCUACUACACCCUGCCCCCGGUAAGAGUCCUAUCCAACUACUAUACCCUGCACUGGUAAGAGUCCUAUAAUUACACCCUGCCCCCGGUAAGAGUCCUAUCCUAUCUACUACACCCUGCCCCAGGUAAGAGUCCUAUCCUAUCUACUACACCCUGCCCCCGGUAAGAGUCCUAUCUACUACACCCUGUCCCCGGUAAGAGUCCUAUCUACUACACCCUGCCCCAGGUAAGAGUCCUAUCCUAUCUACUACACCCUGCCCCCGGUAAGAGUCCUAUAACUACACCCUGCCCCCGGUAAGAGUCCUAUAACUACACCCUGCCCCGGUAAGAGUCCUAUAACUACACCCUGCCCCCGGUAAGAGUCCUAUAACUACACCCUGCCCCCGGUAAGAGUCCUAUAACUACACCCUGCCCCCGUUAAGAGUCCUAUAACUAUACCCUGCCCCCGGUAAGAGUCCUAUCUACUACACCCUGUCCCCGGUAAGAGUCCUAUCUACUACACCCUGCCCCAGGUAAGAGUCCUAUCCUAUCUACUACACCCUGCCCCCGGUAAGAGUCCUAUAACUACACCCUGCCCCCGUUAAGAGUCCUAUAACUAUACCCUGCCCCCGGUAAGAGUCCUAUCUACUACACCCUGCCCCAGGUAAGAGUCCUAUCCUAUCUACUACACCCUGCACACGGUAAGAGUCCUGUAACUCCACCCUGCACCCGGUAAGAGUCCUAUAACUACACCCUGCCCCCGGUAAGAGUCCUAUAACUACACCCUGCCCCAGGUAAGAGUCCUAUCCUAUCUACUACACCCUGCCCCCGGUAAGAGUCCUAUCCAACUACUAUACCCUGCACUGGUAAGAGUCCUAUAAUUACACCCUGCCCCCGGUAGGAGUCCUAUCCUAUCUACUACACCCUGCUCCCUGUAAGAGUCCUAUCCAACUAUUAUACCCUGCACUGGUAAGAGUCCUAUAAUUACACCUUGCCCCAGGUAAGAGUCCUAUCCUAUCUACUACACCCUGCCCCCGGUAAGAGUCCUAUCCAACUACUAUACCCUGCACUGGUAAGAGUCCUAUAAUUACACCCUGCCCCAGGUAAGAGUCCUAUCCUAUCUACUACACCCUGCCCCCGGUAAGAGUCCUUUCCAACUACUAUACCCUGCACUGGUAAGAGUCCUAUAAUUACACCCUGCUCCAGGUAAGAGUCCUAUCCUAUCUACUACACCCUGCCCCCGGUAAGAGUCCUAUCCAACUACUAUGCCCUGCCCCCGGUAAGAGUCCUAUAAUUACACCCUGCCCCAGGUAAGAGUCCUAUCCUAUCUACUACACCCUGCCCCCGGUAAGAGUCCUAUCCAACUACUAUACCCUGCACUGGUAAGAGUCCUAUAAUUACACCCUGCCCCAGGUAAGAGUCCUAUCCUAUCUACUACACCCUGCCCCCGGUAAGAGUCCUAUCCAACUACUAUACCCUGCACUGGUAAGAGUCCUAUAAUUACACCCUGCUCCAGGUAAGAGUCCUAUCCUAUCUACUACACCCUGCCCCCGGUUAGAGUCCUAUAAUUACACCCUGCUCCCUCUCUCCUCCCUCCCCCUCUCUCCUCCCAUCUCCAUCUUUCCUUCCUCCUCCCUCUUCCCUCACCCUCUCUCCUCCCUCCUCCAUCUCUCCUUCCUCCUUCCUCUCUCCUCCUCCUCCCUCUCUCCUCCCUCUCUCCUCCUCCCUCUCUCCUUCCUCUUCCCUCUUCUCUCCUCCUCCCUCCUCUCCUCCUCCCUCUCUCUUUCCUCCUCCCUCCUCAAUCCUCCUCCCACCUCCCUCUCUCCUUCCUUCUCCCUCUCUACCUCCUUCUCCCUCUCUCCUCCCACCUCUCUCCAGGUGCGCCUGGUAUCCCAGGAUGUUCUAUACACCCACAAUGAGAACAUCUCUCUGGACUCAUCUCUGUCCCACCUGCUGGUGGAGUGGGGUCAGUGGAUAGACCAUGACUUCGCUCUGACCCCUCAGAGUCCUAGUACAGCUGCCUUCAGGACCGGGGCCGACUGCACCCGCACCUGCAGCCGGGACACUCCCUGCUUCCCUAUACAGGUGAGACACUCCCUGCUUCCCUAUACAGGUGAGACACUCCCUGCUUCCCUAGACAGGUGAGACACUCCCUGCUUCCCUAUACAGGUGAGACACUCCCUGCUUCCCUAUACAGGUGAGACACUCCCUGCUACGCUAUACAGGUGAGACACUCCCUGCUUCCCUAUACAGGUGAGACACUCCCUGCUUCCCUAUACAGGUGAGACACUCCCUGCUUCCCUAUACAGGUGAGACACUCCCUGCUUCCCUAUACAGGUGUGACAUCCCUGCUUCCCUAUACAGGUGAGACACUCCCUGCUUCCCUAUACAGGUGAGACACUCCUAGUAAAAAAAUGAAUAACAAAUUAGCAACAGAUAAGUCCAGAACAGAGCAACAGAGAAACAGCAUACAUACUGACAGUACAGAGAAACAGCAUACAUACUGACAGUACAGAGAAACAGCAUACAUACUGACAGUACAGAGAAACAGCAUACAUACUGACAGUACAGAGAAACAGCAUACAUACUGACAGUACAGAGAAACAGCAUACAUACUGACAGUACAGAGAAACAGCAUACAUACUGACAGUACAGAGAAACAGCAUACAUACUGACAGUACAGAGAAACAGCAUACAUACUGACAGUACAGAGAAACAGCAUACAUACUGACAGUACAGAGAAACAGCAUACAUACUGACAGUACAGAGAAACAGCAUACAUACUGACAGUACAUUGACAAAAGCCAUUAAGCAGGUGCACCUCUCCCUUACUAUGGAAAGUGCUUUGAGCACCUGGUGGAAAAGCCAAGCGCUAUAUGAGUGCAAUUAUCUUCCCUGGCCACAACACUACCUGCUUCCCUUUACAGGUGAGGUACACCUGUCCGGCCCCGCCCUGUCAUGUGACCCAGCUGGUUCUGUUUAUGCUCCUUCCUUCUUUCUCUCACUCGUCGGUUUCUUUCUAUCCAUCUUCUCUCAGCACUGCAGUCCAUAUUCCUUUGAUUUCCCCUCCUAACACUAACCCACCUUCCCAUCCUAACACUAACCCACCUUCCCAUCCUAACACUAAGCCACCUUCCCCUCCUAACACUAACCCACCUUCCCCUCCUAACACUAACCCACCUUCCCAUCCUAACACUAACCCACCUUCCCAUCCUAACACUAACCCACCUUCCCAUCCUAACACUAAGCCACCUUCCCCUCCUAACACUAACCCACCUUCCCCUCCUAACACUAACCCACCUUCCCAUCCUAACACUAACCCACCUUCCAAUCCUAACACACUAAAUGUAAGGGAGUGUACGUUAUUUAGAAACUGUUCUUCGUCCUGUAAGCAUCACAUGGCAACAUUACGUUAUUUAGAAACUGUUCUUCGUCCUGUAAGCAUCACAUGGCAACAUUACGUUAUUUAGAAACUGUUCUUCGUCCUGUAAGCAUCACAUGGCAACAUUACGUUAUUUAGAAACUGUUCUUCGUCCUGUAAGCAUUACAUGGUAACAUUGGGUUGGUUAGUGUUAGAGCUGCAUGCCUUUCUUCCCCUCUCCCCAGAUCCCGCUGUCAGACCCUCGUACCGGUAUCCAGAGCUGCAUGCCUUUCUUCCGCUCGGCACCCAGCUGUGUCGGGAGCGGAGCUUUCCCCGGGGCCACACCCCACCAUCACCGGGAGCAACUGAACGCCAUCACCUCAUUCGUAGAUGCCAGUAUGGUAUACGGUAGCUCCUCCCCCCUGGCCGCGGCCCUGAGGAACCACUCCUCUCCACUGGGUCUGCUUGCCCUCAAUGACCAGGCCUCAGACCAGGGCCUCGGCUACUUGCCCUACCUGCCUCGCCUGCAGGGACGCCUGGAUCCCUGUGGGCCACGAAGCGGGCCUGGGGCCAACACCACCGGAGCCACAAGUGCCUCUGAGACAUCUGCUACUGCACCAACAGAACAGGAGAAUAUUACAUCCUGUUUCCAAGCAGGUAUGGCACAAUCCAUCAAUCAAUUAAUCAAUUAAUCAAUCUAAUGUUUUUAUAAAGCCCUUUUUGCAUCAACUACUCUCACAAAGUGUUUUACACUAACAACCUAGUUAUCUGCUGCUCUGAACUAUGUGCCUAGAUACAGUAUAUCCUGUAUGCCCCGCCCACCUGAGGAUCUGUCUUUUUCAGCAAUCUAUUUCCUGUGUUUGAGGGAUUCGUAAUCCACUUGUCACUUAAAUCUCGCUGGAUUUGAUCGCUUUCAUUUUACUCCUGUGACUCUUUCAUACUCUUGCUUGUGCCUGAUGUUUUUCCCCGUUACCGUUACCACCGCGGAAAUGUUCGCAAUGACCUGUCAAACACACCCCGGUAUUUUUGUAUUUGUGUUUAUUAUGGAUCCCCAUUAGUUCCUGCCGAGGCAGCAGCUACUCUUCCUGGGGGUCCAAACAUAUUAAUGCACUUACAUUACAUAUAAAACAAAAUAUAAAACAGUACUUCAUAUGACAUUAUUACACCACUACCUAUCUACAAUACAAAAUGUUUAAUACCAUCAUACAACAAUAUCACAACGUGUGCGUAUGCAUGUGUCUAUACCCUUGUGUGUGUCUCUUCACAGUCCCCGUUGUUCCAUAAGGUGUAUUUCAGCCGGUAAUGGCUGAAAUGGGCUCUAUGGAAUGCAUUGUCUUUCCUUUGAAUCUAAAGCUUCGUCUAGGAUUUAAUGCACCGUCUCGACAAGUACAUCACAAGAACGAAAAGAAAGAUAAAUGUGUUAUGAUGGGUGUUCAUUUUUUGUGGAGUUGAAAAAAGCAAUCAUUUAAUACAGUUGACAUUUUUACAAAUUAGAUGCGCUGAAAUGAAAGCAAACUUCUGAAAAUGAACACUCGUAUUAUAGUGACAUUAUGUCACAUCUCACAAACAAUGUAAAGGAUGUUUAGAUAGGUGUCAUCUCGAGCCAAGCCCGUUGACUUUUUAUCAAAGGGUGUCCUGCUAUUGACACACCUGUUGAAUUAUGCAAGAAAAUGUGACAACAACAGUAAUUAAUGAGGCAGUCUUGACAGCGCAGGUGAGUGAUGGUAGGGUAGACAGAGCAAGUGUUUGGUGCUUGCAGCCCUGUUCCACCCAUUUAUGUUAAUUUAGUCAUAUAUGCAAAUAAUCUAGUGCAUUUAUGCAAAUGAGGCACACAUAAUUUUCUUUGUUUUAACACAAACUAUUCAAAAUCCCUGAACUCCAUUCAUUAUUUGUCCAUGCCAGUAAAAUGUUUUAUGUGCUAUAAUUCAGUCAAUAUCUGAUGGAUUAUACAAUUUCUAAAAGUUUGGAGGAUCUUCAUCCAUUGUCAAACAGUUGUAUUUGUUAGAAGUGUUUUAAAAACCUUUUAACAAUUUCUAUGACCGUUGCUAAUGUACUGUAGCAGACCUCGGGUUAAACAUCUAGCGGUUCCCAUUAAUAAUAAGGCUUAUUGUAAGACAUUAUAAAGGCUCAUAUACAUUCUUAAAACAAUUUAAGUAAAGUGUUGUCCAGUUGACUCACCAGGUACAUAGUGUCCCUUCUAGUAAUUGUAUGUCUAUGGGUCAAACUUCCUGUAUUCUGUUGUCUAGGUGACUCACGGUCCAAUGAGCACCUUGAUAGCUCUUCCUUCUAGUAAUUGUAUGUCUAUGGGUCAAACUUCCUGUAUUCUGUUGUCUAGGUGACUCACGGGCCAAUGAGCACCUUGAUAGCUCUUCCUUCUAGUAAUUGUAUGUCUAUGGGUCAAACUUCCUGUAUUCUGUUGUCUAGGUGACUCACGGGCCAAUGAGCACCUGGGGAUGAUAGCGCUCCACACAUUGUUCCUGAGGGAACACAACAGAUUGGUCAGAGAGCUGCACCUCCUCAACCCUCACUGGAGCCCAGACACCUUGUACCAGGAGGCCAGGAAGAUCAUGGGGGCUGUUCACCAGGUACACACACUAUGGGUCUGUUUCCCAGACAGAUGAAGCCUCCUCCAGGGUCUGGGGUCUAGGUGCUGUUUAUUUAGCUUCCUAUUCUUUCAAGUUUUAUUAGUUGUAUGUACGGGAUACACCGUCCAAUGAAAUGCUUACUUGCAGGUUCCUUCUGUGUAUGUACGGGAUACACCGUCCAAUGAAAUGCUUACUUGCAGGUGUGUGUGUGUGUGUGUGUGCGUGUGUGUGUGUGUGUGUGUGUGUGUGUCAGAGUCAGAGCAGGUGGUCAGUCCGGUUCAAGUGUUCAGCAGUCUGAUGGCUUGUAGAUAGAAACUGUCUCUGAGCCUGUUGGUAUCAGACCUCAUGCUCCAGUACCGUCUGAUGGCUUGUAGAUAGAAACUGUCUCUGAGCCUGUUGGUAUCAGACCUCAUGCUCCGGUACAGUCUGAUGGCUUGUAGAUAGAAACUGUCUCUGAGCCUGUUGGUAUCAGACCUCAUGCUCCGGUACAGUCUGAUGGCUUGUAGAUAGAAACUGUCUCUGAGCCUGUUGGUAUCAGACCUCAUGCUCCGGUACAGUCUGAUGGCUUGUAGAUAGAAACUGUCUCUGAGCCUGUUGGUAUCAGACCUCAUGCUCCGGUACAGUCUGAUGGCUUGUAGAUAGAAACUGUCUCUGAGCCUGUUGGUAUCAGACCUCAUGCUCCGGUACCGUCUGGCUGACAGUAAGGGAGUGAACAGCUCGUGGCUGGGGUGUGGGGGGUCCUUGAUGAUGCUGCAGGACUUUCUCAGGCACUGUUUCUAGGAGAUGUCCUGGAUGGGGUGGGAACAUGGUCCCAGUGAUGUGGUCCUCUGUAGCUCAGCUGGUAGAGCACGGCGCUUGUAACGUCAAGAUAGUGGGUUCGAUCCCCGGGACCACCCAUACACAAAAAAAAAUGUAUGCACGCAUGACUGUAAGUCGCUUUGGAUAAAAGCGUCUGCUAAAUGGCAUAUUAUUAUUAUUAUUACUGGAUGGGGUGGGAACAUGGUCCCAGUGAUGUACUGGAUGGGGUGGGAACAUGGUCCCAGUGAUGUACUGGAUGGGGUGGGAACAUGGUCCCAGUGAUGUCCUGGAUGGGGUGGGAACAUGGUCCCAGAGAUGUCCUGGAUGGGGUGGGAACAUGGUCCCAGUGAUGUACUGGAUGGGGUGGGAACAUGGUCCCAGAGAUGUCCUGGAUGGGGUGGGAACAUGGUCCCAGUGAUGUACUGGAUGGGGUGGGAACAUGGUCCCAGUGAUGUACUGGAUGGGGUGGGAACAUGGUCCCAGUGAUGUACUGGAUGGGGUGGGAACAUGGUCCCAGUGAUGUACUGGGCCAUCUUCACCACACGCUGGAGGUCCUUGCUGUUGUGGACGGAGCAAUUCCUGUACCAGGCCGUGAUGUAACUGGUCAGGACGCUCUCGAUGGUGCAGCGGUAGUAUUUGGAGAGGACCCGGGGUGGCAUGCCAAAUUUAUUCAGCCACCUUAGGAAGUAGAGAUGCUGUUGCGCCUCUUGACAAGAGUCGUGGUUUUGUUCUUCCACGUCAUGUCCUCUGUAAUGUGAACGCUGAGGAACUUAAAACGGCUGACUCUCUCUACUGCAGUCACGUUGAUGUGGAUCAGGGUGGAUCCUAUGUUUUCCUGAAGUCAAUAAUCAACUCCUUUGUUUUGCUGACGUUGAGGGAGAGGUUGUUGUCCUGGCACCACAACGCCAGUUCAAUUACCUCCUCCCUAUAGGCUGACUCGUCAUUGUUGGUUCUCAGGCCGACGAUGGAGUUUUGGUGUGGGUGCAGUCGUGCUUUCUAUUGUAUUGCAGUGGAUCGAUAGUCUCACCCCCCCCCCCCCCCCCCCCCCCCCCAAUCUCCUCCUCCCCCAGAUACUGACCUGGGAGCACUACCUGCCCAGGGUCCUGGGUGAGACCACCUCCUCCCUCCUGAUGCCUCCGUACGGGGGCUACGACCCUGAGACUGACCCCAGCAUCGCUAACGUCUUCUCAGCUGCUGCAUUCCGCUUUGCCCACGUCACCGUGCAGCCGAUGGUGGCCCGCCUUGGCCCCGGGUACAGCCUCGCCCCACAGCACCCACCUCUGCCCCUACACCACUCCCUUUUCGCAUCCUGGAGGGUCGUACAGGAGGGUGAGACAUUUUACAUUAGGGCCAGUUUCCCGGACACAGAUUAAGACUAGUCCUGGACUAUAAAGCAUUCUCAAUAGAGAUUCUCCAUUGAAAUAGGUUUUUUAGUCCAGCAGUAGGCUUAAUGUGCUUGUAUGUGUAUUAAAAGUAGGAAAAAGUUAAGUAUUUGGUCCAGAAAUGAAUGGUAAAUAAUGUAUUGUGUCAUUUUGGAGUCACUUUCAUUGUAAAUAAGAAUAGAAUAUGUUUAAUAUGUUAAAGAUACAAUUAUGGGCAAAAGACUCGCCGGCUUUAAAAUAGGUAUGAACGAUCAGUUCCCAAAGGAAAUCGCAGAACGACGCAAAGUGCCGUACCCACUCUUCAAAGACAAUAGACUAAAAGGGAGACGUGUAGCUCUCGUAGUCGUGAAACUGUACAUUGAUAACCAACUGUUCAGAGACACCAAGACUACUCCAUGGCUAUUCUAAGUCAAAUGGAACAUCCAAAACUAUUAAUGGUAGGGAUUGUAAUAAAACAUUUAUAAACUGAAAUAGUGAAAUACAACAAUUAAUAAAGAAUCUAUAAAUACACUAUACUAUUCAAGUUAUGGAAUGUUGUAAAAUAAUUUGUAUUCUAUUUUUUAUGUUUAGUAUUUAAAAAUAGAUAAAAGAUAGGACAAUUCAUGAAAUAAUAAAUCCAGGACACAAAAAGGCACAGUAUGUGGGUACGGGUGUAUGCUGUAUGUCGGGGGAGUGCGGGUGUGUAGGAAGAUGGGGUGUGUUUUGUGUGAUUGGAAAAGUGUGAUGAGUUAAGUGAUUUUUUUUUUUUAAUUAUUAUUAUUAUAUAUAAUUUUUUUGUCAUUUAGUUUGUUUAUUUUAGUCGUAUCAUGAUGGAACGGUGCCAACCCUAUGUCCUAGACACCGACCUGAGCGACCCACCCACUAAGGAGAAGUCCUUAUCCGUUUUAGUAGCCUAUGCAGCCAAGGCAGAAAGGUGAACGCAAGCUUACAGGCAAUACACGACUCCAUUAUUAUGUUGGGAGAUUAUAAUACGGUUUAAAGUACCUCAAUGGACCCUAAAGGAAAUCACACUACAAACUAUCACCUUCAUGCACUUAAGGAAAUUAUUAAUAUUAUGGAUAUAUUGGAACUAGUGGAUAUAUGGAGGCUUAAAUAUCCUGACCUAGUGAGAUAUACAUGGCGGACGCUCAAUCAAGCUAGUCGUCUUGAAUACUUUCUUAUGGCAUUCUCACUGGCACCAAAAGUUAAAAGUGUGUUGAUAGGGGACAGAACGCUGUCGGACCAUCAAAUAAUUGGUAUACACAUUACUCUUACAGAAUUUCUGCAAGGGCGAGGAUAUUGGAAAUUUUAUCAAAGGCUACUGGAUGACAAAUUGUUUUUAACCAAGACAGAAGAAUUUAUAACUUACUUUUCCCUAGAGGCCAUGCAAUUCAAUACUCAUCUUUAAAACAAAAACAAUUUAGGUCAUCUUAAAAAAGGAAAUAGAAGAACUAACAGUACAGAUAGAUAGAUAGCAAUAAAAACGAUUCCAUAGAGGCAUAAAUAAGUUAGAGGACAAAAAUAAAUGGAGGAACUUUUUCAAGAAAUAUCAAAUGUAAUAUUUUAUAAAAAAUAAAGUGAACUGGAUGGAAUAUGGGGGAAAAUGCUAUAAAUGCUACCGUUAAAGAAUUUACAGAAACGUGUUACAAAUGACGGAGUCAUCCAUGAUUCACCUAUCUCUAUUUUGAAAGAGGAAGCAAAGUACUUUAAGCACAUGUUUUCAUUUCAGUCUCCUCCAUUUCCAGUAACUGAAGUUAAUUGUAAGGAUUUUUUUCUAUUAAUAGUGUAAAAUUAACAGCUAUACAGAAUGACUCAUGUGAAGGCCAAAUUACAGAGGAGGAACUUCUAGAUGCAAUUAAAGCCUUCAAGUCCAGGAAAACUCCAGGGCUGGAUGGAAUGCCAGUUGAGGUAUAUCAAAUAUUUUUUGAUGUACUCAAAGGUCGAUUAUUAACAUGUUUCAACCACUCAUAUAAAAAUGGUAGACUAUCAGAUACUCAGCAAGAAGGUCUGAUUUAACUAUUACUGAAACAGGACCCAGGUGGUAAAUAUAAAGAUCCAGUCCACCUAAAAAACUGGAGACAACACUUUAGUGUUGUAAUGCCAAAAUCUUAGCAAAAUGCAUAGUGCAUAGAAUUAAAAAGGUAUUGUGAGAUAUUAUUAAUCCUAAUUAGACCGUUUUUUUUUUACAUGGACGAUACAUUGGAGAUAAUAUAAGACAAGUACAGGAAACAAUAGAACACUAUGAAAAAUCUGGGAAACCAGGCCUGGUAUUCAUAGCUGGCCUUUGAUAAAGUAUGACUGGAAUUUAUAUAUAAAUGCCUGGACUAUUUUAAUUUUGUAGAAUCUCUUAUACAACGGUUUAAAGUUAUGUAUAGUAACCACAGGUGUAAAAUAGUAAAUAAUGGCUACUUCUCAGAAAGUUUUAAACUGUCAAGAGGAGUAAAACAAGGUUGUCCACUAUCGGCAUAUCUAUUUAUUAUAGCCAUGGAAAUGUUAGGUAUUAAAAUCAGAUCCAAUAAUUUCCAUAAUAUCAAGGGACUAGAAAUCGAGGGCUUAAAAACAAAGGUGUCAUUGUACGCUGACGAUUCAUAUUUUCUUUAAAAUCCCCAAUUUGGAUCCCUGCACAGCCUCAUAGAGGAUUUAGAUAAUUUUUUUACCUCUCUGGAUUAAAACCGAAUGAUGAUAAAUGCACCAUAUUACGUAUUGGAUCUUUAACUUUUACAUUACCGUGUAGUUUACCAAUAAAAUGGUCCGAUGGUGAAGUGGACAUGCUCGGUAUUCAUAUCCCAAAAGAAAGAAAUGACCUCACUGCAAUACAUUUUAAUAGAAAGUUAGCCAAAUUAGAUAUGAUUUUACUACCAUUGGAAGGACAACACCUGUCUAUUUGUGAAAAAAUCACCCUGAUUAAUUCUUUAUGGCCCUGCCUACACCUAACAACUUGGUUUUUUAAAUAUAUGAGCAAGGUAUAUUCCACUUUAUUUGGAACGGCAAGCCAGACAAAAUUGAACAGGCCUAUUUAUAUAUUGAAUAUGUAUUCGGAAGGGCAGAAAUUAUUAAAUAUUAAAGCACUGGACCUCUCACUAAAGGCUUCAGUCAUACAAAAAAUAUACUUAUAUCCAAACUGGUUCUCCAGCAGAUUAGUAUGAAUGUCUCACCCUGUGUUCCCUUCAUUCAUAUUGCAACCUCUCACUUUCGGUUAUUUGAAAAUGAAAUAAUCUCCAAAAUAUCGCUAUUUUUAAAACAAGCAAUAGAAAGCUGGUUUCAAUUUCAGUUUAAUCGACCAGAAAAGACAGAACAAAAAUUAGAACAAAUAUUAUGGUUAAACUCCAAUAUACUAAUUUAAAAUAAAAAAGCAUUAUUUUGAGCGAAAAAAAAUUACAAUGGUAUAAUCUUUGUAAAUUAUAUCAUAAAUAGGACUGGUGGAGUUAGGUCACACACAAACUUUUCAAUUUAAAUUAUUAUACAAAAGUCUUGCAGCCAAUAGAAUGUUAUACAGUGCAUUCGGAAAGUAUUCAGACCCCUUUACUUUUUCCACAUGUUGUUACGUUACAGUCUUAUUCUAAAAUGUCUUAAAAUGUUGUUUUUUUCCUCAUCAAUCUACACACAAUAACAAAGCAAAACCAGGUUUUUUAUUCAAAAUAAAAAAUCGAAAUAUUACAUUUACAUAAGUAUUCAGACCCUUUACUCAGUACUUUGUUGAAGCACCUUUGGCAGCGAUUACAGGCUUGAGUCUUCUUGGGUAUUCUCUCCCCCACCUCUCGGCCACCUCUCUCCUCUCUCCCCCCCCACCUCUCUCCCACCUCUCUCCCCUCUCUCCCCCACUUCUCUCCUCUCUCUCCCCCACCUCUCUCCUCUCUCUCCCCCACCUCUCUCCUCUCUCCCCUCCACCUCUCUCCCACCUCUCUCCUCUCUCUCCCCCACCUCUCUCCUCUCUCUCCCCCACCUCUCUCCCACCUCUCUCAGGUGGUAUAGACCCAGUGCUGCGUGGCCUACUCCUCUCCCCAGCCAAGCUCCAGAUGCCAGGCCAGAUGAUGGUUGAGGAGCUAACUGAAAGACUGUUCCAGGCCCAGGGUGGGAUGCCACUAGACCUGGGAGCCCUCAACCUACAGCGGGGCCGAGACCACGGCCUGCCUGGUAAUAUUAGUACUAUACUACUAUACUAUAUUAUUUAGACCACAGCUUGCCUGGUAAUAUUAGUACUAUACUACUAUACUAUAUUAUUUAGACCACGGCUUGCCUGGUAAUAUUAGUACUAUACUACUAUACUAUAUUAUUUAGACCACAGCCUGCCUGGUAAUAUUAGUACUAUACUACUAUACUAUAUUAUAUAGACCACGGCCUGCCUGGUAAUAUUAGUACUAUACUACUAUACUAUAUUAUUUAGACCACAGCCUGCCUGGUAAUAUUAGUACUAUACUACUAUACUAUAUUAUAUAGACCACAGCCUGCCUGGUAAUAUUAGUACUAUACUACUAUACUAUAUUAUUUAGACCACGGCCUGCCUGGUAAUAUUAGUACUAUACUACUAUACUAUAUUAUUUAGACCACGGCCUGCCUGGUAAUAUUAGUACUAUACUACUAUACUAUACUAUAUUAUAUACACCACAGCCUGCCUGGUAAUAUCAGUACUGUACUAUAUACUACUAUACUAUAUUAGUACAGGCCUACCUGGUCCCUGCUGGUUAUAUUAAACAGUAUAACAGUACUUACAUUUACAUUACAUUUUUGUCAUUUAGCAGACGCUCUUAUCCAGAGCGACUUACUUAUAGUAUACACCUAAACUUACAUGUUAGAAGACGGCCCAACUGGACUUAUCCUUGUUCUCAAACUUACAUGUUAGAAGACGGCCCAACUGGACUUAUCCUUGUUCUCAAACGUACAUGUUAGAAGACGGCCCAACUGGACUUAUCUUUGUUCUCAAACUUACAUGUUAGAAGACGGCCCAACUGGACUUAUCCUUGUUCUCAAACGUACAUGUUAGAAGACGGCCCAACUGGACUUAUCCUUGUUCUCAAACUUACAUGUUAGAAGACGGCCCAACUGGACUUAUCCUUGUUCUCAAACGUACAUGUUAGAAGACGGCCCAACUGGACUUAUCCUUGUUCUCAAACGUACAUGUUAGAAAAUGGCCCAACUGGACUUAUCCUUGUUCUCAAACGUACAUGUUAGAAGAUGGCCCAACUGGACUUAUCCUUGUUCUCAAAUUACAUGUUAGAAAACGGCCCAACUGGACUUGUCCUUGUUCUCAAACUUACAUGUUAGAAGACGGCCCAACUGGACUUAUCCUUGUUCUCAAACUUACAUGUUAGAAGACGGCCCAACUGGACUUAUCCUUGUUCUCAAACUUACAUGUUAGAAGAUAGCCCAACUGGACUUAUCCUUGUUCUCAAACGUACAUGUUAGAAGACGGCCCAACUGGACUUAUCCUUGUUCUCAAACGUACAUGUUAGAAGAUGGCCCAACUGGACUUAUCCUUGUUCUCAAACGUACAUGUUAGAAGACGGCCCAACUGGACUUAUCCUUGUUCUCAAACGUACAUGUUAGAAGACGGCCCAACUGGACUUAUCCUUGUUCUCAAACUUACAUGUUAGAAGACGGCCCAACUGGACUUAUCCUUGUUCUCAAACUUGCAUGUUAGAAGACGGCCCAACUGGACUUAUCCUUGUUCUCAAACGUACAUGUUAGAAGACGGCCCAACUGGACUUAUCCUUGUUCUCAAACGUACAUGUUAGAAGACGGCCCAACUGGACUUAUCCUUGUUCUCAAACUUACAUGUUAGAAGACGGCCCAACUGGACUUAUCCUUGUUCUCAAACGUACAUGUUAGAAAAUGGCCCAACUGGACUUAUCCUUGUUCUCAAACGUACAUGUUAGAAGACGGCCCAACUGGACUUAUCCUUGUUCUCAAACUUACAUGUUAGAAGACGGCCCAACUGGACUUAUCCUUGUUCUCAAACUUGCAUGUUAGAAGACAGCCCAACUGGACUUAUCCUUGUUCUCAAAUGUACAUGUUAGAAGACGGCCCAACUGGACUUAUCCUUGAAUCUCAAACUUACAUGUUAGAAGACGGCCCAACUGGACUUAUCCUUGUUCUCAAACUUACAUGUUAGAAGACGGCCCAACUGGACUUAUCCUUGUUCUCAAACUUACAUGUUAGAAGACGGCCCAACUGGACUUAUCCUUGUUGUUGUUUUAACUCCACUUCUUUUCUUCCUUCUCCUACUUCUUCUUCUACCCCUCCUCUUCUUCUUCUUCUACCCCUCCUCUUCUUCUUCUACCCCUCCUCUUCUUCUUCUACCCCUCCUCUUCUUCUUCUACCCCUCCUCUUCUUCUAUCUACCCCUCCUCUUCUUCUAUCUAUCCCUCCUCUUCUUCUAUCUACCCCUCCUCUUCUUCUAUCUACCCCUCCUCUUCUUCUAUCUACCCCUCCUCUUCUUCUUCUACCCCUCCUCUUCCUCUUCUACCCCUCCAUCAUUCUCUCCUCCCCUACCUCCUGCUCUACCAGGUUACAGCUCGUGGCGUGGGCUUUGUGGUCUCUCUGUUCCCAACACCACCUCUGACCUGGCAGGUAGAUAGAUAAACUGAAUAUUUGAUCAUUCAAAAAAUACAUUCCAGCCAAACUCAUUGAGGAUAACACACCGUUUUUAGGUUUUGACAACUUGUUUUCAUGUUUGUAUACACUGCACCACACUGCAUUUAAAACCAUGAAGGAUAAUAUAGGACAAAAAUGUGUUCCAACGUAUUUCCAUCAUGGUCGUCUGACCUGGAUACACUGCAUUUGAAAAUAGCACUAAAGGUUGUUCCAACAUAUUUCCAUUGUGGUCGUCUGACCUCUGACCUGGCAGGUAUCCUGAGUAACCCUGGUCUGGCUGAGAAGUUCCUGUUGUUGUACGGUACGUCCCAGAACAUCGACGUAUGGGUGGGGGCCAUCUCAGAGCCUCCUCUACCUGGGGGCCGGGUGGGACCCCUCCUGGCCUGUCUACUGGCCAAGCAGUUCAGAGCACUGAGAGAUGGAGACAGGUGAGAUGAGAUGGUGUUCCACUCUAUUUGUCACGUGUAACAGUAAAUCUUCCAUCCCUGUUCUACCCCAAACUGGGCUCGAACCAGGGACCCUCUGCCCACAGCAACACUCGCAAAACAAUGUCAAGGUGUUACAAGGUUGUGAAACGCAAACAUGUAAUAACAAUUAGGCUGGGAUUCUAUCCGGUCACCCCUUUUUUCGCUAUGCACCAUUUAAAGGCAUUGUUACCGCGGUCGCAGAGAUCACAUUCAAAGUAAAUGCUGCAAAUGCCGGCUCAAUCGGGAAAUUACCUUUAAAAUGUCACCCGCGCUACAACGCGGAUCGUCCGCGGGUCCGGAUUGAGCCCUGGCCUUAGACAGGUUUGCAAUAUAAAAUAGUUUGAAUGAAUAUAUUGUAUAUUGAUCAUUUCCAAAAAUACAUGAAUCUCAUGACUACAUGGAGUACCAUAUACACUUAGCGGACAAAACAUUAAGAACACCUGCUCUUUCCAUGAUAUAGAAUGACAGAGUGAAUCCAGGUCAAUGCUAUUAUCCCUUAUUGAUGUCGCUUGUUAAAUCCACUUCAAUCAGUGUAGAUGAAGGGGAGGAGACAGGUUAAAGAAGGAUUUUUAAGUCUUGAGACCAUUGAGACAUGGAUUGUGUAUGUGUGGCAUUCAGAGGUUGAAUGGGCAAGACAAAAUAUUUAAGUGCCUUUGAACGGGGUAUGGUAAUUGGUGCCAGGCGCACCGGUUUGAGUGUCAAGAACUGCAAUGCGGCUGGGUUUUUCACGCUCAACAGUUUCCCAUGUGUAUCAAGAAUGGUCCACCAAGCCAACUUGACACAAAUGUGGGAACCAUUGGAGUCAACAUGGGCCAGCAUCCCUGUGGAACGCUUUCAACAGCUUGUAGAGUCCAUGCCCCCAACGAAUUGAGGCUGUUCUGAGGGCAAAAGGGGGGUGCAACUCAAUAUUAGAAAGGUGUUCCUAAUGUUUUGUACACUAAGUGUAUGUCUGAGAUAUCUGCCCACCCAAUGUGUCUGUUUGAAUCGGCCCUACAGAAUGUCUGCCUACCCAGCAACCUCUCCCCCUCUGUCAGGUUCUGGUGGGAGAGAGAUGGUGUGUUCACCAGCACCCAGAGAGCUCACCUCCACACUGUGUCCUUAUCCCGUAUCAUCUGUGACAACACACACAUCACACGUGUUCCCUCCGACCCCUUCAGCCGUACGGUCAGCCCAGAAGACAUGCUGGCCUGCAGCCACCCCCUCAUCCCACACCUUAACCUCUCCGCCUGGAAGGAGCCCGACACAGGUACUGUUCUAUUAACCCUAAUGGAGUCGGUAAAGAAAUCGAGCAACUCCUUGGUAUGCAAGAUACGUGUAUUUCAGUAGAUCAGGGAUUCUGUGCAGAGCCUUGCUCAGGCCGGUCCUCUCCAACAGGCUGAAACUGUUGCUUAUCAUCUGACCUCCUCAGCUGUGGUCCAGUCCCCAGGUUACAGUCUACUCUACUGCGACCUCAUCAUCACUGUACUUACCGCCCCCCACUCCCUCCCUCCCUCCUUCCCUCCCUCCCUCCUUCCUCCCCUCCCUCCCUCCCUCCCUCCUUCCUCCUCCCUCCCGCCCUCCAGAUCCCAGCUGCGUUCCAGUCCCCAGGUUACAGUCAGGCUACUCUACUGUGACCUCAUCAUCACUGUACUUACCUCCCCCCACCCACCCCCUCCCUCCCUCCCUCCCUCCCUCCCGCUCUCCAGAUCCCCGUUGCUGUCCAGUCCCCAGGUUACAGUCAGGCUACUCUCUGCUCCCUCCCUCCAGAUCCCCGUUGCGGUCCAGUCCCCAGGUUACAGUCAGGCUACUCUCUGCUCCCUCCCUCCAGAUCCCCGUUGCGGUCCAGUCCCCAGGUUACAGUCAGGCUACUCUCUGCUCCCUCCCUCCAGAUCCCAGCUGCGGUCCAGUCCCCAGGUUACAGUCAGGCUACUCUCUGCUCCCUCCCUCCAGAUCCCCGUUGUGGUCCCGUCCCCAGGUUACAGUCAGGCUACUCUCUGCUCUGUGACUCCAUCAUCUACUACCAGUGUGGUCCAGGCUAUCAGCUGAUUGGUCCAUCCUCUGUGACCUGUGACCCCAACAACUAUCAGUGGAGUCCAGCUCCCCCAACCUGCCACGGUAUGGAGUGGAGUGGGCUGGGGUGUUUGUGUGUGAGUGAGUGAGUGAGUGAGUGAGUGAGUGAGUGAGUGAGUGAGUGAGUGAGUGAGUGAGUGAGUGAGUGAGUGAGUGAGUGAGUGAGAGAGUGAGUGAGUGAGUGAGUGAGUGAGAGAGAGAGAGAGAGAGAGAGAGAGAGUUUAAUUAAGUCACUACAGGCGACAUGCAUGUCUUUAGUUUAGUAUUCUGACUGAUUUGCUGUAGAUGUCGAUGAGUGUGCCGAUCAGCCAAACCCGUGCCCCCAAAACAUGGACUGCCUCAACACACCUGGGGCAUAUACGUGUACAGGUAGUCAUUCUAUACCUUCUAUACCUUCUAUACCUUCUAUAUCUUCUAUACCUUCUAUACAUUCUAUACCUUCUAUAUCUUCUAUACCUUCUAUACAUUCUAUACCUUCUAUACAUUCUAUACCUUCUAUAUCUUCUAUACCUUCUAUAUUUUCUAUACAUUCUAUACCUUCUAUACAUUCUAUACCUUCUAUACAUUCUAUACCUUCUAUACAUUCUAUACAUCUGUUCAUGUGUCUGACCAUCUACAGACGGUAAUCAAUACUAAUUUCUGACCAUCUACAGACGUUAAUCGAUACUAAGGGCUCUAUUCAAUCCGUAUCACGGAAGUCCAGCCGAGACUGAAUUUACGGUAAAUGCUGCAUAUGUCGGCUCAAUCGGAAAUGUACCUUUAUAUUUCGUAACGCUUCAGUGCUACGGAUUGAAUAGAGCCCCUUAAUAAACAUGCGAACCAGUGUAAUUGUUCCUCUGUUUGUAUGUUGUGUGUCCCAGAGCUGGACCUGUCCUCCUCCCAUUCUGCAGUCUCAGUCAUCUCUGCUGUUAUAGCUGUGGUUGGGGGCAUGGCCGUCAUGUUUAUGAUACUGGCCUGUUGCAGAAGGUACGUCAUCAUAAUGAUGUCCAGGUGAUAAAGGUCAUUAUAAUGUAUCAGGGUUUGGGGUCAAUUUCAUCAUUUCCUUGUCAAUUCAGGAAGUAAACUGAUAUUCAAUGUCUUAUUUACGUAAUUGAAAAGUAUAUUUAAAAUUGUUUUAUUUAAAUGAAAUUGACCCCCAACCCUGGUAGAUGUCACUUAACAAAUGUUCAUUAACAUUUCAAAAACAGCAUUUCUGUUUUUUGAAUAUUCUUGCAGGUAUUUUCCAAAGAAGCCAGAACCGAUAAACAGAACCGAUAAACAGAACUGAUAAACAGUGGUUGCUGUAAGAGGGACAGAUAACCAAGCGACACCUCAUACAUAUUUUAUUACGUUUUAGUAUUUUGUUUUAAAAUGUGACAUAUAUCCUAAAAGUAUGCACUUGAAUGUGUUGAUAUUAAACGUAACUUCAGAUUAUUUGUUAGACAAUAACCUGAAAAUAAGAAAUAACUGAAUUGUAUAAAUGUUGUUUUAAGAUUAAUAAAGUAACCCUGUUUUAGCCCACAGUCAUGUUCUAUGAACCUCAAAGGCCUGUUUUAGCCCACAGUCACGUUCUAUGAACCUCAAAGGUCUGUUUUAGCCCACAGUCACGUUCUAUGAACCUCAAAGGCCUGUUUUAGCCCACAGUCACGUUCUAUGAACCUCAAAGGUCUGUUUUAGCCCACAGUCACGUUCUAUGAACCUCAAAGGUCUGUUUUAGCCCACAGUCACAUUCUAUGAACCUCAAAGGCCUGUUUUAGCCCACAGUCACGUUCUAUGAACCUCAAAGGUCUGUUUUAGCCCACAGUCACGUUCUAUGAACCUCAAAGGCCUGUUUUAGCCCACAGUCACGCUAUAUAAACCUCAAAGGUCUGUUUUAGCCCACAGUCACAUUAUAUAAACCUCAAAGGUCUGUUUUAGCCCACAGUCACAUUAUAUAAACCUCAAAGGUCUGUUUUAGCCCACAGUCACGUUAUAUAAACCUCAAAGGUCUGUUUUAGCCCACAGUCACGUUAUAUAAACAUCAAAGGUCUGUUUUAGCCCACAGUCACGUUCUAUGAACCUCAAAGGUCUGUUUUAGCCCACAGUCACGCUAUAUAAACCUCAAAGGUCUGUUUUAGCCCACAGUCACGUUCUAUGAACCUCAAAGGCCUGUUUUAGCCCACAGUCACGUUAUAUAAACCUCAAAGGUCUGUUUUAGCCCACAGUCACAUUAUAUAAACCUCAAAGGUCUGUUUUAGCCCACAGUCACGUUAUAUAAACCUCAAAGGUCUCACUCAAAGUGCACAAAGUAAUUAGCUUUUAUUUGGUGCAUAUGUCAAGCCGUACAGGUCCAAAACUAUUUGGACAGUGACACAUUUUUGUUGUUGUUCUGUUUAGUGACAAAAUGACACAAUACAUUAUUUCUCAUUCAUUUCUAUUGGCCACACAACCAAAACAAACAGCAAAUGCAUCCAACAAGUUUGAGUUACAAGCUUGAUGUAAUCAUUGUGUGCUAGGAAUAUGGGACCAAAUACUUAACUUUUUACUACUUUAAUACACAUAUAAGUCAAUUUGUCAAAAUACUUUUGGUUGGUAAUUUCUUAACGGUUUACCUGAUAUGGAUGAAAAUGCCCUCAAAUUAAAAGCUGACAGUCUGCGCCUUAUCUUUCAAAUCCAAAGUGCUGGAGUACAGAGCCAAAACAAAACAAAAUGUGUCGCUGUCCAAAUCCUUUUGGACAUCAGAGUAUUUGUCUGUUCUAGUCAACGUGUUCGAAGCUCAUAAACUUUAACAAGCUAACAGCAUUAAAGGGCAUUACAGUUUAAAAUAUAUAUAUAUAUAUAUACAGUGGGGAAACAAAGUAUUUUAGUCAGCCACCAAUUGUGCAAGUUCUCCCACUUAAAAAGAUGAGAGAGGCCUGUAAUUUUCAUCAUAGGUACACGUCAACUAUGACUGACAAAUUGAGAACAAAAAAAUCCAGAAAAUCACAUUGUAGGAUUUUUAAUGAAUUUAUUUGCAAAUUAUGGUGGAAAAUAAGUAUUUGGUCACCUACAAACAAGCAAGAUUUCUGGCUCUCACAGACCUGUAACUUCUUCUUUAAGAGGCUCCUCUGUCCUCCACUCGUUACCUGUAUUAAUGGCACCUGUUUGAACUUGUUAUCAGUAUAAAAGACACCUGUCCACAACCUCAAACAGUCACACUACAAACUCCACUAUGGCCAAGACCAAAGAGCUGUCAAAGGACACCAGAAGCAAAAUUGUAGACCUGCACCAGGCUGAGAAGACUGAAUCUGCAAUAGGUAAGCAGCUUGGUUUGAAUAAAUCAACUGUGGGAGCAAUUAUUAGGAAAUGGAAGACAUACAAGACCACUGAUAAUCUCCCUCGAUCUGGGGCUCCACGCAAGAUCUCACCCCGUGGGGUCAAAAUGAUCACAAAAAUCCCAGAACCACACGGGGGGACCUAGUGAAUGACCUGCAGAGAGCUGGGACCAAAGUAACAAAGCCUACCAUCAGUAACACACUACGCCGCCAGGGACUCAAAUCCUGCAGUGCCAGACGUGUCCCCCUGCUUAAGCCAGUACAUGUCCAGGCCCGUCUGAAGUUUGCUAGAGUGCAUUUGGAUGAUCCAGAAGAGGAUUGGGAGAAUGUCAUAUGGUCAGAUGAAACCAAAAUAUAACUUUUUGGUAAAAACUCAACUCGUCAUGUUUGGAGGACAAAGAAUGCUGAGUUGCAUCCAAAGAACACCAUACCUACUGUGAAGCAAGGGGGUGGAAACAUCAUGCUUUGGGGCUGUUUUUCUGCAAAGGGACCAGGACGACUGAUCCGUGUAAAGGAAAGAAUGAAUGGGGCCAUGUAUCGUGAGAUUUUGAGUGAAAACCUCCUUCCAUCAGCAAGGGCAUUGAAGAUGAAACGUGGCUGGGUCUUUCAGCAUGACAAUGAUCCCAAACACACCGCCCGGGCAACGAAGGAGUGGCUUCGUAAGAAGCAUUUCAAGGUCCUGGAGUGGCCUAGCCAGUCUCCAGAUCUCAACCCCAUAGAAAAUCUUUGGAGGGAGUUGAAAGUCCGUGUUGCCCAGCAACAGCCCCAAAACAUCACUGCUCUAGAGGAGAUCUGCAUGGAGGAAUGGGCCAAAAUACCAGCAACAGUGUGUGAAAACCUUGUGAAGACUUACAGAAAACGUUUGACCUGUGUCAUUGCCAACAAAGGGUAUAUAACAAAGUAUUGAGAAACUUUUGUUAUUGACCAAAUACUUAUUUUCCACCAUAAUUUGCAAAUAAAUUCAUAAAAAAUCCUACAAUGUGAUUUUCUGGAUUUUUUUUUCUCAUUUUGUCUGUCAUAGUUGACGUGUACCUAUGAUGAAUAUUACAGGCCUCUCUCAUCUUUUUAAGUGGGAGAACUGGUGGCUGACUAAAUACUUUUUUCCCCCACUGUAUAUGUUUUAUUUAUUUUUUAUUUUUUGUCUUAUAUUUUAUUGUCAUGUACACUGGAUAGGUGCAGUGAAAUGUGUUGUUUUACAGGGUCAGCCAUAGUAGUACGGCGUCCCUGGAGCAAAUUAGGGUUAAGUGCCUCGCUCAAGGACACAGACAGAUUUUUCACCUUGUCCGCUCAGGUAUUUGAACCAGUUAGUAUCCGGAAGAAACAAUUGUCCGGAACACUUGUUAAAAAUCUUGGAACUCAUGUCCCUGUUCAGUUCCUAUAACAGCUUUCCUGACUGGGAAUUCUGAGAGCGUCAGGUCGCAUUCCAGGUCGACUAUAAGCAGCAUUUAAUGGUUUGCGUGUCAGAUUGCUACAGUUGAAGUCGGAAGUUUACAUGCACUUAGGUUGGAGUCAUUAAAACUCGUUUUUCAACCACUCACAUUUCUUGUUAACAAACUAUAUUUUUGGCAAGUCGGUUAGGAUAUCUACUUUGUGCAUGACACAAGUAAUUUUUUCCAAUUGUUUACAGACAGAUUAUCUAACUUAUAAUUCACUGUAGCACAAUUCCAGUGGGUCAGAAAUGUACAUACGCUAAAUUGACUGUGCCUUUAAACAGCUUGGAAUAUUCCAGAAAAUGAUGUGAUGGCUUUAGAAGCUUCUGAUAGGCUAUUUGACAUCAUUUGAGUCAAUUGGAGGUGUACCUGUGGAUGUAUUUCAAGGCCUACCUUCAAACUCAGUACCUCUUUGCUUGACAUCAUGAGAAAAUCAAAAGAAAUAAGCCAAGACCUCAGAAAAAAAUGGUAGACCUCCACAAGUCUGGUUCAUCCUUUUCAAAUGCCUGAAGGUACCUUGUUCAUCUGUACAAACAAUAGUACGCAAGUAUAAACACCAUGGGACCAUGCAGCCGUCAUACCGCUCAGGAAGGAGACUCGUUCUGUCUCCUAGAGGUGAACGUACUUUGGUGCAAAAAGUGCAAAUCAAUCCCAGAACAACAGCAAAGGCCCUUGUGAAGAUGCUGGAGGAAACAGGUACAAAAGUAUCUAUAUCCACAGUAAAACGAGUCCUAUAUCGACAUAACCUGAAAGGCCGCUCAGCAAGGAAGAAGCCACUGCUCCAAAACCGCCAUAAAAAAGCCAGACUACGGUUUGCAACUGCACAUGGGGACAAAGAUCGUACUUUUUGGAGAAAUGUCCUCUGGUCAGAUGAAACAAAAAUAGAACUGUUUGGCCAUAAUGACCAUCGUUAUGUUUGGAGGAAAAAGGGGGACUUGCAAGCUGAAGAACACCAUCCCAACGGUGAAGCACGUGGGUGGCAGCAUCAUGCUGUGGGGGUGCUUUGCUGCAGGAGGGACUGGUGCACUUCACAAAAUAGAUGGCAUCAUUAGGAAGGAAAAUUAUGUGGAUAUAUUGCAGCAACAUCUCAAGACAUCAGUCAGGAAGUUAAAGCUUGGUCGCAAAUGGGUCUUCCAAAUGGACAAUGACCUCAAGCAUACUUCCAAAGUUGUGGCAAAAUGGCUUAAGGACAACAAAGUCAAGGUAUUGGAGUGGCCAUCACAAAGCCCUGACCUCAAUCCUAUAGAACAUUUGUGGGCAGAAAUGAAAAAGCGUGUGCGAGCAAGGAGGCCUAUAAUCCUGACUCAGUUACACCAGCUCUGUCAGGAGGAAUGGGCCAAAAUUCACCCAAUUUAUUGUGGGAAGCUUGUGGAAGGCUAGCCGAAACGUUUGACCCAAGUUAAACAAUUUAAAGGCAAUGCUACCAAAUACUAAUUGAGUGUAUGUAAACUUCUGACCCACUGGGAAUGUGAUGAAAGAAAUAAAAGCUGAAAUAAAUCUCUCUCUAGUAUUAUUCUGACAUUUCACAUUAUUAAAAUAAAAGUGGUGAUCCUAACUGACCUAAGACAGGGAAUUCUUACUAGGAUUACAUUUACAUCAUUUAGCAGACGCUCUUAUCCAGAGCAACUUACAGUUAGUGAGUGCAUACAUUAUUAUUUUUUAUACUGGCCCCCCGUGGGAAUCAAACCCACAACCCUGGCGUUGCAAACGCCAUGCUCUACCAACUGAGCUACAUCCAUGCCGGCCAUUCCCUCCCCUACCCUGGACCAAUUGUGCGCCGCCCCAUGGGUCUCCCGGUCGCGGCCAGCUACGACAGAGCCUGGAUUCGAACCAGGAUCUCUAGUGGCACAGCUAGCACUGCGAUGCAGUGCCUUAGACCACUGCGCCACUCGGGAGAUACAUGUCAAGAAUUGUAAAAAACUGAGUUGAAAUGUAUUUGGCUAAGGUCAACUUCCCACUUCAACUGUAUGUCAUAUGAUAUGGUGACAGCUAUCCAGCCGCUGUGAGAUCAGUCAAGCAACUGCAACGUUGUCAGUCUGGAAUGCAGCGCCAACAUGUAUUAUUCCCGGUGUGUUCUUGGAUCUCUGUGCCAUAUUCCCCUCCCUUCAAACCUGUUUAGCAACAACUGAGGGAGUCAAGUGAAGGCUUUUUGUAUUAGAAGGUAACAAACCAGCCACUUCCUGGUAACAACCGAAAUCUAGUGACUAAUAGGUCUCUUUACUGGAAGGACUCCAUAUUACAUGAUUUGUAGGUCACUUCAGGCAGGGCUUCUGUAGGCUAAAGCAACACUUAACCUACAUUUCAGUUAUUUUUCAUUUUAUAAACAACUAAAUUGACAGAUGUUGGUUCAAUUAUUUUAAUUCCAUUUCGUUCAUUUAUUUUCCUGUGAGCUCAAUACGCAGUUUCUCUAGAGAUAAAUCAGAUCCAGCCUGAACUGUGUGAUGUAGUAGGGAGUUGUAGUUUCCAACAGGCCAAUAUUCUACAUAGUUUAAUUGCAGAAAACGUGGUAAUUAACUACAAUGACCAUAAUCCAUUGCGCACCUACUUGUCCGUUCUGUGUGUUUCUUUUAUGACUGCUACAGAAGAGACAGAAUAAUGCGUGAUCAUGAUGGGGAUAUAGAGAGCAGCUGUUGCUUUGCGAGGUGUCUCUACCUGAAAAUACGUGAUCUUAGUGAUUGAUAGUUGGUAUUCAGCAGUCAUAAGAGUAGGCCUUAUUUACUUUGAAGAACUACUAAAAUAGUUAUUUUUGUCAGACAGCAUAGACAGCAGCUCUAUAGAGAUGAGAUGAGGACUUGGAAUGAAAUAAUAAAGUCAUCAAAUAAAACUAAUGGAAUAUGCAACUGAAAUAUUUUAUUAAAGUAAAGUAAUUAUGUGUUGUUACAGCAUUCAACCCACAUAAUGCAUAGUGUAUUUAAUAAAAUAAAAAUCAAUGAAAUCGAAAACGUGAUUUAAAAAAAAAUAAUCGAACGGAAACCAAACCGACCUCAAAAAGCACUAAUCACUCAGCCACACUCUUUAAUUUUUGCAUUUUCCACAAAAAAGUGGUCAACCAAGGCACCCCAAAAAAUGCACACAAUGGGAGCAAAUGUAUCACAUGGUAUUUUCACAUACAAAUAGAACUUAGGCAGGUAGCUUAGUGGUUAAGAGCGUUGUGCCAGUAACCGACUAGGUGAAAAAUCUGUUGAUGUGCCCUUGAGCAAGGCACUUAACCCUAAUUGCUCCUGUAAAUCGCUCUGGAUUAGAGUGUCUGCUAAAUGACUAAAAUUAAAAAAAAAAAAUAUUCAAGCUGUAUCAAUGAAGUGUUGCAGAUUCCCUGAUUUAAAUGUAAAGGUAAUUUCCGAUUGAGCCGACAUAUGCAGUGUUUACCAUGAAUGCACUAUCGUGGGAACAUUGCCUUUACAUUUCAAUCACGCUGUAAUGCUGAACUUCCGCAAUACAGAUUGAAUAGAGCCCUUCAUUUCUAUGAUACAUCUAUCAGCAACAUUACUUUCUAAAACAUGAGGAUAUACAGUGGCUUGCGAAAGUAUUCACCCCCCUUGGCAUUUUUCCUAUUUUGUUGCCUACAACCUGGAAUUAAAAUUGAUUUUGGGGGUAUCAUUUGAUGUACACAACAGCCUACCACUUUGAAGAUGCAAAAUAUGUUUUAUUGUGAAACAAACAAGAAAUAAGACCAAAAAACAGAAAACUUGAGCGUGCAUAACUAUUCACCCCCCCAAAGUCAAUACUUUGUAGAGCCACCUUUUGCAGCAAUUACAGCUGCAAGUCUCUUGGGGUAUGUCUCUAUAAGCUUGGCACAUCUAGCCACUGGGAUUUUUGCCCAUUCUUCAAGGCAAAACUGCUCCAGCUCCUUCAAGUUGGAUGGGUUCCGCUGGUGUACAGCAAUCUUUAAGUCAUACCACAGAUUCUCAAUUGGAUGGAGGUCUGGGCUUUGACUAGGCCAUUCCAAGACAUUUAAAUGUUUCCCCUUAAACCACUCAAGUGUUGCUUUAGCAGUAUGCUUAGGGUCAUUGUCCUGCUGGAAAGUGAACCUCCGUCCCAGUCUCAAAUCUCUGGAAGACUGAAACAGGUUUCCCGCAAGAAUUUCCCUGUAUUUAGCACCAUCCAUCAUUCCUUCAAUUCUGACCAGUUUCCCAGUCCCUGCCAAUGAAAAACAUCCCCACAGCAUGAUGCUGCCACCACCAUGCAUCAUUGUGGGGAUGGUGUUUUCGGGGUGAUGAGAGGUGUUGGGUUUGCGCCAGACAUAGUGUUUUCCUUGAUGGCCAGAAAGCUCAAUUUUAGUCUAAUCUGACCAGAGUACCUUCUUCCAUAUGUUUGGGGAGUCUCCCACGUGCCUUUUGGCGAACACCAAAUGUGUUUGCUUAUUUUUUUCUUUAGGCUUUUUUCUGGCCACUCUUCCGUAAAGCCCAGCCCUGUGGAGUGUACGGCUUAAAGUGGUCCUAUGGACAGAUACUCCAAUCUCCGCUGUGGAGCUUUGCAGCUCCUUCAGGGUUAUCUUCAGUCUCUUUGUUGCCUCUGAUUAAUACCCUCCUUGCCUGGUCCGUGAGUUUUGGUGGGCGGCCCUGUAUGGCAGGUUUGUUGUGGACCCUCCACUGACCCAUUUUUUUUAUUUUAUUUUAUGUCAUUUAGCAGACGCUCUUAUCCAGAGCGACUUACAGGAGCAAUUUAAAAAUAUAUAUAUAUGCCAUUUAGCAGACGCUUUUAUCCAAAGCGACUUACAGUCAUGCGUGCAUACAUUUUUGUGUAUGGGUGGUCCCGGGGAUCGAACCCACUACCUUGGCGUUACAAGCGCCGUGCUCUACCAGCUGAGCUACAGAGGACCAAUUAGGGUUAAGUGCCUUGCUCAAGGGCACAUCGACAGAUUUCUCACCUAGUCGGCUCGGGGAUUAGAACCAGCGACCUUUCGGUUACUGGCACAACGCUCUUAACCACUAAGCUACCUGCCGCCCCGUAACACUGAGUGCAGCUUUUGAUGUCAUUGAUCAUAACCUGCUGACAAAACAUAGGUGUUAUGGAUUUGCAUCCUCUGCCUUAUCAUGGAUUGAGAGUUACCUAUCUAAUAGAACACUGAGGGUUUUCGUUAAUGGAAGCCUCUCUCAUGCAAAUUCAGUUGAGUGUGUUGUACCGCAGGGCAGCCGGCUAGGGUCAUUAUUGAUUUCUGUUUUUACAAAUGACCCUCCACUGACCUUGAAUAAAGCCUGUGUUUCUAUGUAGGCUGACGACUCAACAGUAUACACGUCGGCUGCAACAGUAAAAUAAAUAACUGAGGCACUUAACAUAGUGCUCCAGACAGUUUUAGAAUGGGUAACUAGCAAUAGGCUGGUGCUAAAUAUCUCAAAAACUAAAAGCAUAAUUUUUCGGACAAAUUACUCACUCAAUGCUAAACCUUGUUUAGGUCUAUUAUUGAAUAAUGUGGCUAUUGAGCAAGUUGAGGAGACUAAACUGCUGGGUGUAACCCUACAUAGCAAGCUUUCAUGGUCAAAACAUAUAGAGUCAAUGGUUGCUAAAAUGGGAAGAAGUCUGUCCGUGAUAUGGCGUUGCUCUGCCUUCUUGACAUCUCAGUUGACCAGACAGGUCCUACAGGCCCUAGUUUUGUUGCACCUGGACUACUGCCCAGCUGUGUGGUCAUGUGCGGCAAAGAAGGACAUAGGUCAAUUGCAGUUGGUGCAGAACAAAGCAGCAUGUAUCGCACUUAGAUGUGGAGGGAAAGUGUCAGUAACAUGCAUGUCAGUCUCUCCUGGCUCAAAGUUGAGGAGAGAUUGACUGCAUCACUAUUGGUAUUUGUGCGAGGUGUUGAUGCGUUGAAGGUACCGAACUGUCUGUUCAAGCAGUCGGCACACAGUUCGGACACUCAUCGGUACAACACAAGACAUGCCACCAGAGGUCUCUUCACAGUCCCCAGGUCCAGAACAGAGGCUGGGAAACACACAGUAUUAUAUAGAGCCAUGACUACAUGAAAUUCUCUGCCACCCCAGGUAACUCUCAAGCUAGCAAUAAAACCAGUUAACAAAAACGGAUAAAAGAACACCUUACGGCACGUUGGGGACCGUGAAGAGACACGGCCAUUUUAUAUAUCUUGUAUUGUAAUCUGCACUGUACUAUGUAUUAGACCUAGAUAUUGUGUGUAUGUACUGAUAUGUAGGCUGUGUGAAGUUUUAAAUGUAUGUAUUUCAGUCCUUGACUAAUAAUGUUCUGUACUAUGUAUUAUGUAAUGUUUCAUGUGGACCCCAGGAAGAGUAGCUGAUGUUUAUGCAGGGCUAAUGGGGAUCCUAAUAAAUACCUAUACCAAUUCGUGUAAAAAGAUCAGAAUUGGGCUGCCUGUGUAAACGUGUAAAAGAGGAAAGCUGUUAUUAUUGUGCUUUCAGACAUCAAUAUUGUUCAUUUUGUUUGAUAAGGCUUUUCAUGCAAGGUAUGGCUAAUAAAUGUGGUCCUCUGUAGCUCAAUUGGUAGUGGGUUCGAUCCCCGGGACCACCCGUACGUGCUAAAUGGCAUAUUAUAUUAUUAUAUAAACACUACAGUGUUGGGAGUUAAAAGGACAUCACAGCUGAAUACAUACACACCUGUACACACUACGGUAUAUGGCUAUGUAUCCGUGCAAAGCUACACAUUAUUUGGUCACGUAUGGCUUAUAUAGUACUAUACAAAACAGUAGAGAACUUUCAAAUGACAUGUUACAGGAGUGCAACUACAACUGUGCAAGGCUGUGCAUAGUAACACAAUCAUUUUUAAAGCGAUUUUAUUUUCCCAACUAGAUAGUUAUUUUAAAGCUGUGAAUACAUUGGGAGUCUUUUGGAGUGGGAGAAACUACUUAUUGCAAUGUUUGGUUUUAUCAUUCCAUUACGUUCAGUAACAAAAAUGACUGCAGCCUCUAUAUCCUCGCUAAGCUGUCACAGUAUCCAGAAUGAACACGGGGAUUUUUUGAGAUGAUGAAUAGGCUUUUCGUUCAUGACUUUAAACUGCAAGUUUCAGCACAGCGUGGCAGCUCCUACUCACCAAGUAAAAUGCAGGAUAUGUGUAAAUGUUCUUGGCAAAUAAAGUGAUUCUGAAGUCCCUGUACGCAAUGGGACGUGCGCACACUACUUCUGAACUGGUUAGUACUAAACAGACUAAAUGCAGCUAUUUUUUUAUCCACACUCAGAAAGCUGCAGAGUGAAUCCCUGCCCUUCCAUAACCCAUCCUAACUACAGCUGUCUUUCCUGUAUUAGCCAUGCAAAGCAUUUACAAUGUAGUGCAAUAAUCUAUCAAGGUUAAUGAUUUGGUUUGGAUCACAAAAAAAAAAGGAAAAAGUAAGAUGUGGUCUGGUUUUCUGCAGUGGUUCUAAGGAGGGAGGAGACAACAGCGGUUCUAAGGAGGGAGGAGACAACAGUGGUUCUAAGGAGGGAGGAGACAACAGUGGUUCUAAGGAGGGAGGAGACAACAGUGGUUCUAAGGAGGGAGGAGACAACAGUGGUUCUAAGGAGGGAGGAGACAACAGUGGUUCUAAGGAGGGAGGAGACAACAGUGGUUCUAAGGAGGGAGGAGACAACAGUGGUUCUAAGGAGGGAGGAGACAACAGUGGUUCUAAGGAGGGAGGAGACAACAGCGGUUCUAAGGAGGGAGGAGACAACAGUGGUUCUAAGGAGGGAGGAGACAACAGCGGUUCUAAGGAGGGAGGAGACAACAGUGGUUCUAAGGAGGGAGGAGACAACAGCGGUUCUAAGGAGGGAGGAGACAACAGCGGUUCUAAGGAGGGAGGAGACAACAGUGGUUCUAAGGAGGGAGGAGACAACAGUGGUUCUAAGGAGGGAGGAGACAACAGUGGUUCUAAGGUGAGGAGAGACAACAGUGGUUCUAAGGUGAGGAGAGACAAGACCUAGGGGUAAUGCAGCAGUACCGGAGGGUCCUGUACUUUAUGGCAUCCAUGUGAAUGAAUAGUGAGCAGCAUAGUUCUCCUGAGGGCCGAGCCAAACCAAGCCAGCCCAGUUCGGUUUGGGUUGUCCCGACAGUGUGAAAAGGGUACAGUUGAUUGGUGUCUCCUGUCUUCUAGCCCUGGGCCGUGUUCACUGGGCACGAAGAGGAAGAAAUAAGUUUCAUUUUCGUUGUCCGUUGCGCAACAUUUUUGAAACGUUUUGCUACGGCGUGCCCUAAUAAACACGACCCAGGUCUAUGGUGACCAUCUCCUCCCGUCUGUCCUUCUACCCCUGGUCUGUGAGGUAGAAGCCCAGCUUGGCCACAGUCAUCUCCCUCCGUAGACGUGUCACCUCCCAGAACAUCUGCUCCGCUGGGGGGGGGGGGGGGGGGGGGAGGGGACAGAGACUAAGACAUAAGCAUUAGGGUUGAAAGGGUUUCAGUCAGUUUCAGAACGCCAGACAGAUUUAAUGUCUGCAUUAACAAAGAUAACUCAUUGCCACUGUCACCAUUACUGUUAAAAUGGGUGUCUGUUGUUGAUCUCUCUGUGUCUGUGUCUAUCUGUUAGAAGGGGGACGUCAGACUUACCGUCAUGUCUGACCAGACCCUGCUGGAUGUACCGGAUGUAGGUGAAGAAAUUACACGCAGCCGUGAUCUGGAAGGGGGUGGAUAUGAGGAAGGGGUUCACACACUUUCAAACAAACGUUUUCUCACG